GCUCACUUUGUUUCCCUUCAGAAAUGCUCAGUAAGCUUUCUUAUACGUGUAUAAACUUUUCACCGCAUAUCAUCUUUGCUUUAAAUCUCUUCUAAUCAUUUUUCCUUUCCAUUCUCACCGUUGUAUUUACCACUCUUACUACCAGCGCCACCACUGCUCACUCGUUCAUCAUGAUGGCCCUCCAGCCCAGGGUGGACAACGCCCAGCUGGAAGCCAUAGCAGGUGUGACCAUUUCGCUCGCCAACCAAGCCUGUGCAACCUGCAAGAGACAAAAGCGCAAAUGUGACAAGCGGCUCCCGGCGUGCUCGAGAUGCGCCUCGCUCCAGCGCGCGUGCGACUACUCGGAUGGUGCGGUGGCCGCUGCGGCGCCCUCGGCCGAGGAUUUUGCCGCGCUGCAGAUGAAGCUGAUGGAGAUCGAGGCGAGGCUCAAGUCGGCCGCUACUGGUCCUGGGCCCUUCCCCGACUGUCAGCGCCAGCAGCAGCAAACUGCCCUCACCCCGACCGCGUCGAGCACCAAUACGGGAGGUUCUCGAUCAAGUUCCGAGAAUAACAACAGCGCGGCUGGGCCGGGGACGGCCUCUGCUUGGACCAGUGAUUUCGCAAGGACCAUGCCACCACCGCCGACGAAUAGGUUCCCUGCUGUCUUUUUUCUCGAUAUCGACGUGUAUUAUGACGGCAUGACUCCUCCUCCAAGGCCAACUGUUGAUAUACCAGCUGAGGUCCUCGAGAUGCUCGACUCGAGCGAGGUCAUCGAGCACGCCGCCUCGGUCUACUUUACCACAGUCCACAAAUGGUUCUCCUUCAUCUCCAGAAAGCGCAUGAACCUGGGCAUCUCUGUCUUAGACGGCGGGCCCGAUCUCGCCCUACUCUUCCUCACCAUGAAGCUCAUCACCACCCCCCCGGCGCCCGAGCUGGCCUCCCCCGCCGACAUGCCCAUCUACAGGAUUGCUAAGCAAUUCGUGGCCUUGCUUGAAUCGGCCGGAACGGUGUCGCUGAUGUACCUCCAGGCCAUGAUCCUCAUCGCCCUGUAUGAGUACAGCCAUGCCAUCUAUCCUCAAGCCUGGAUGACGGUCGGGAAUUGUGUGCGCUACGCAACAAUGUUGAGCUUGUCAUCCUAUGGCCAGGCUGCAGCCAUUCUUGGAUCAUGUAAAACAUGGACCGAGGCCGAAGAACGCCGUCGCACUUGGUGGGCAACCCACAUCCUAGACCGCCUCAUCUCCCUCGGCAACAAACGCCCCUUUGCAGGCGACCCAGCCCCGCCCCCCGAUGCAGAGAGCCUCCCCGUCGACGACCUCGCCUGGGACGCAGGCGACAUGGCCCGCUGCUUCCAGCGACCCGUGUCUACACCUCUCUCCGAAGCCUCGGCCAGCCCCUUUGCCCGCCUGGCCCAGGCCGCCGUCCUCAUCUCCCGCGCCAUGGCCCACUGCAAGCGCGCCGUCGGCCGAUACAACCAAUAUCACGGCCUGGAGCACAUCUGCAGCGGAGUGGGUGCCAGCGCGGGGGACGUCGGUCUCGCUGACGACGGGCGGCCGCUCAACAUCCGUGAGGCCACCGCCGUCGUCUCCGAGCUCGACACCCUCUGCCGCGCCAUCUCGAGAGACAUGGACACAGCGGGCGCCACCCCUGGCACGGAUAUGUAUUUCGCCUACAUCACGGCCCACUGCGCCGCCUGGUCCACGGCCGUCAUGGUGCUGGACAUGUACGCGUGCCCUGAACACAUGCGACCAGGCGCGGCGGUAGAGAGCAGCGGCAGCUGGCCCAAUGGCCACCCCUCAAGGAGCGAGGCUGAGAUGGCGAUGCAGGUCGAGGCCAUCAACGGGCUCAAGCUGGCGGGGACGAAGGUGCGGGGCGUGGUGGUGGAACUGGUGCGGCUGAUGCGAGGGGAUGAGGACAAGGGACGGCACGGGCCUUGGGGCCUGGGCUGGACGAACUACUCUGCACACGGCCAGCUCUUUGAUCUCGGCGGCGGCGGCGAAAAGGAAGGGGACAGGGCCAGUAGAGGGGGCGCGAGGAUGGUGGACAGGAUCAGCCCGUUGCUUCUGGACACGGUAUACUGCGGCAUGUCGAUUUUCCAGUGGCUGUGGAGCGAGAACGGGGACCCUGAUAUGAAAGAAGGGUUUGAGAUUAUGAAAGAGUGUGUGGAGAGGAUUGGGCAGAGGUGGAGGUUAGCAGGGGCGUAUAUGGACGUUCAGCAGAGGCAGACGGAGGCUUUGUUGCGUAUUAGUUCUUCUACAAAUGGACCUGGGUAA